UUGACGUUUGAAUAUAUUUGAAAGCAAAACAAUUCCGAUUUCUCGAGAUAAUAAUUAGAAAUUGAUUAUUUUUAUCAUUAGUACGUGUAAUUUCGAGUUUCUUUGACAAUUUUUAAAUGGAAAAAUUCUACUUUUCGGCUAAAUCGUUGUUAUUAUAUAAUAUAUAAAAAUUAACAAAUUAAGGUGAAUUUUUACUUUUAUAUAAUUAUAAAUUAACAAAGGAAGGAGAUUAAUUAUGUAUGGAAUUAUUAAUCGAAAUUUGUCGACAUUGAAGACGACAAAUCUCCAAAAUGUUCGAUUCGCUCAUCACUCGUGUAAAAUUUUGGUACUUGGAGGAGGAACGGGCGGAUGUUCAAUGGCGGCUAAAUUAUCAAAAAACUUCAACGAGAAACCAUCUCAUGUGAUAGUCGUUGAUCCGGCCGAAUAUCACUAUUAUCAGCCAUUUUUCACAUUAGUCGGAGGCGGAAUUGGGAACGUAAAAAAAUGUCGACGACCAAUGAAAGACGUCCUGCCGAAAAAUGCCCAAUGGAUAAAGGAUUGUGUCAUGGAAAUCGAUGCGAAAAAUAACAAAAUAAUUACAAAAAAUGGCGAUACUGUUCAGUAUGAGAUUUUAAUUGUUGCCCUUGGCCUCAAACUCAAUUGGCAAGCUAUUCCUGGACUGGUUGAGGGUCUUGAUAAUCCAGAAUCAACGGUGUGCUCGAUUUACAGUCCGGAAACGGUGCCAAAAGUUUUUGGUGCCAUUAAAAAGACAAAUAAUGGAACGGCACAUUUUACGUAUCCAAACACGCCGAUUAAAUGUGCAGGAGCACCGCAAAAAAUAAUGUAUCUCGCCGAGGCUUUCUGGAGAAACCAAAAUUUGAGGAACAAUAUUGACGUUGUUUACAAUACUUCACUGCCAGUGAUUUUCGGAGUGAAAAAAUAUGCCGACGCACUAUGGGAGGUGUGUAAAAAUCGUGACGUUCGUGUUAAUUUGACGACAAAUUUAAUUGAAGUGCGACCCGAUAAAUGUGAGGCAGUUUUUCAAAAUCUCACGAAACCCGACGAGACGAAAGUGGAAAAGUAUUCACUCUUACACGUGACACCGCCAAUGACAACUCCGGAUGUUCUCAAAAAAAAUCGCGAUUUAACGAAUGAAUCGGGUUUUCUUUGUGUGAAUGAGAAAACUCUUCGUCACGAUAAAUACGAAAAUAUUUUUGGUAUCGGCGACUGCACAAAUACGCCGAAUUCAAAAACAAUGGCUGCUGUUGCAUCGCAGGUGAAAGUUUUAUACACAAAUCUCAUGGAUCAUUUGGAGGGAAGAGAAAUGUCCGACGUUUAUGAAGGCUACGCGUCCUGUCCAAUUGUCACUGGCAAUGAAAAAUGUAUUCUCGCUGAAUUUGACUAUAAAUUAAAUCCCCGCGAAACAUUUCCAUAUAAUCAAGGACAGGAAUCACGCAUUGCAUAUUUAAUGAAAAAGGAUAUUUUUCCCUUCAUCUACUGGAAUUUGAUGUUAAACGGUCACUGGCAUGGACCUGAGGUGUUCAGAAAAAUUUUCCAUCCUUUCGACAAGUAACGGAGAAAAAAAAAGUUUACAAUAUAUGGAAUUUACGGUGAUGAGAAGAAAAUCAUUUUUCUUUUGAUACUCACACGAUUGGCGAUUAAAGUUUUUGGAUUUUUGUUUGUUAUUCGAGAGAAAGUCAAGGAUUAGAAACGAAAAAUAAUUUCAAUUCGAAAUUAUUGGGAUUAUCGAUUCAAGAGUUAAAUAUAUUGAUCGUCCAAGUAUUUUGAUAUUGUGGAAUUUUGUUUUUGCACACAUUUUGCAAGAAAUUUUUGAAAAUUUAUUUUUUAUAAAAAAAUUUUUGUUAUUGUUUUCUCUUUAAAUUUUUAUAAAUUUACACUUUGAAUUUAUAUACUAUAC